AAACUUGACAGAGACCCGUCAAAUGGUACAGCUUUGCAAGAGAUCUCUUUCUGGCUAAAUUUGGAAAGAGCUCUUCAUCGCAUUCAAGAAAAAAGAGAAAGCAUUGAGGUAUCCCUAACGUUAGACAUCUUGAAAUACGGUAAGCGUUUUCACGCGACUGUAUCCUUCGAUACAGACACUGGUCUGAAACAGGCCUUAGCAACAGUGUCAGAUUACAACCCACUUAUGAAGGACUUCCCCAUCAAUGAUCUGCUGAGUGCUACUGAGCUUGAUAGAAUUAGGUUGGCAGUACAGCAAAUUUUCUCGCACCUGCGCAAGAUCCGAUCGACCAAGUACCCCAUCCAGCGUGGUUUGCGUCUAGUUGAGGCGAUCUCUCGCGAUUUGGGACAACAACUUCUCAAGGUACUGGGUACGCGUCGUUUAAUGCAUAUUCCAUUUGAUGACUUCGAACGCGUAAUGACGCAAUGCUUCGAAGUAUUCUCUUGCUGGGAUGACGAAUAUGAGAAACUUCAAGGUCUAUUGCGUGACAUCGUAAAGAAGAAGCGCGACGAACAUCUAAAAAUGGUGUGGCGUGUGUCGCCAUCACACAAGCGGCUGCAAGCGCGCAUGGAACAUAUGCGGCGGUUCAGACGUCACCACGAACAACUAAGAACUGUUAUGCUUCGGGUGCUCCGUCCGCGUGCGACUGUGGCUGCAGACCCCGGUGCAGGAGGUGAACCAGCCCAACCUCACUCGCUGCCUAUGGACGCCGCCGAUGCCAACGCUAUCGCUGAGGUCAACUUGGCAUAUGAAAAUGUGAAAGAAGUAGAUUGCCUGGAUAUCUCACGUGAGGGUUGCGACGCUUGGGAGGCGGCUGUUCGUCGCUAUGAGGACCGAAUUGAUCGCGUAGAAACCCGUAUCACGGCCCACCUCCGUGACCAGCUGGGCACAGCGAAGAACGCGAAUGAGAUGUUUAGGAUCUUCUCACGCUUCAACGCUCUGUUUGUCCGACCACACAUUCGUGGCGCUAUUCGGGAGUACCAAACUCAGCUUAUACAGCGGGUUAAGGAUGAUAUUGAGGCUUUACAUGAGAAAUUCAAGGUUCAAUACCCCCAAUCGAAAUGCAGUCGACUGUCCCUAGUGCGAGAUCUCCCGCCUGUUGCGGGGUCCAUUAUCUGGGCUAAGCAGAUUGAUCACCAACUUACUGCUUACUUGAAGAGAGUCGAGGAUGUUCUUGGCAAGGGAUGGGAGAACCAUAUUGAGGGUCAAAAACUGAAGGCAGAUGGCGACAGCUUCCGCCUGAAACUCGACACUCAGGAAGUCUUCGAUGACUGGGCUCGUAAAGUGCAACAACGUAACCUCGGUGUUUCUGGACGUAUCUUCGCUAUAGAGUCCGUGCGUGCUCGCUCUAGCAAGACUGGUACCAUCCUGAAGCUCAAAGUGAACUUUUUGCCUGAAAUUAUCACUUUGUAUAAGGAAGUGCGCAAUUUAAAGAACUUGGGUUUCAGAGUACCUCUAGCAAUCGUGAACAAAGCUCACCAAGCGAACCAGCUGUAUCCGUUUGCCAUUUCGCUCAUUGAGAGUGUUCGCACUUAUGAACGUACUUUGGAGAAGCUAAAUAAUAGGAAUCAUACAAAGAUUCGCGACAAAGCAUCGAUAAUUCCAUUAGUAGCAGGCCUACGCCGUGACGUUCUCAACCAAGUGUCAGAAGGAAUGGCACUCGUCUGGGAGUCCUACAAACUUGACCCUUACGUGCAGAAGUUGAGCGAAGUCGUCUUGCUAUUCCAAGAAAAGGUGGAAGACCUGCUAGCUGUCGAAGAACAGAUUUCUGUCGACGUUCGCUCCCUGGAGACGUGCCCAUACUCAGCUCCGAGUUUAGCAGAUAUCCUUAGCCGUCUUCAGCGCGCCAUUGACGACCUUUCAUUGCGUCAAUACAGCAACUUACGUCUGUGGGUGCAACGUCUGGAUGAAGAGGUGGAAAAAAGCCUCGCUGCCCGUCUACAAGCUGGAGUCGAAGCGUGGACUGCAGCCCUUCAAGGCAAGAGCAACGAAAUGGAUCUCUCCAUGGACACCUACUCACCCGCUGAGCCGACACACAAGCCUGGUGGAGACCCGCAGAUCGCCCGCGUAGUCCACGAAGUGCGAAUCACGAACCAGCAGAUGUAUCUCUUCCCGUCUUUGGAAGAAGCCCGCUUCCAACUCAUGCGCCAAAUGUUCGCCUGGCAAGCCGUUGUGACAAGCCAGCAUCGCUUGCAGAGCACUAGAUACCAAGUGGGCGUUGCGCGUGCGCAAACAGCGACCUACAGAAACUUGCUGACUAAGCUCCCUGCCGGAUCAGCACCUCUAGAAAACGCCUACGACGCCAUUGAGCACAAAAUUUCACAAGUUCGCGAAUACGUCGAUGAGUGGCUGCGUUACCAAGCCUUGUGGGAUCUUCAGCCUGAAAGCCUGUACGGUCGUCUCGGUGAAGACAUCACACUGUGGAUCAAAUGCCUCAACGACAUCAAAAAAUCCCGUACAACGUUCGACACAUCGGACACUCGUCGCGAAUAUGGACCUGUGGUGAUAGACUUCGCCAGAGUACAGAGCAAAGUGGCGCUUAAGUAUGACGCGUGGCACAAGGAGGUCUUGGGCAAGUUCGGAGCGUUACUCGGCGGUGAGAUGGUGCAGUUCCACUCUCAGCUGUCCAAAUCGCGUUCGCAACUGGAACAACAGACUAUUGAAGCCGCUUCCACCAGCGAUGCAGUAUCACUCAUUACAUACGUACAACAAUUGAAGAGGGAAGUACUUGCGUGGGAGAAACAAGUGGAUAUCUACAGGGAGGCACAACGCAUCUUGGAAAGACAGAGAUUCCAGUUCCCUACUCAAUGGCUGCAUGUUGAUAACAUCGAAGGUGAAUGGAGUGCCUUCAAUGAGAUAAUGCGUCGCAAGGACUCUUCAAUUCAAACUCAGGUGGCAUCACUGCAACAGAAGAUCGUAGCAGAAGACAAAGCCGUCGAAGCGCGUACACUGGAAUUCCUUACUGAGUGGGAGCGUAACAAGCCUACAGAUGGUUCUACAAGACCUGAAGAUGCGCUGGCUAGAUUGCAGGCUAUGGAAACUAGAUACACUAGGCUGAAAGACGAGAGAGACAAUGUAGCUAAAGCUAAGGAAGCUCUUGAGUUACACGAUACAGGAAGCUCUGUGAAUAACGAGCGUAUGACAGUGGCCCUCGAAGAGCUGCAAGACCUGCGCGGUGUGUGGUCGUCGCUCAGCAAAAUCUGGACACAGAUUGAUGACAUCAGGGAGAAACCAUGGCUCUCUGUACAGCCGAGGAAACUUAGGCAACAACUGGAAGCUAUGUUGAAUGAGCUCAAAGAGCUCCCCGCUCGUCUACGCAUGUACGACAGCUACGAGUAUGUACGCAAACUACUGCAAUCUUACACCAAGGUCAACAUGUUAAUCGUGGAGCUAAAAUCGGACGCUCUAAAGGAACGUCAUUGGCGUCAACUGUGCAAGGCUCUCAAAGUCGAAUGGUCGCUUUCCGAACUAACCCUCGGCCAAGUAUGGGAUGCCGAUCUAUUGCACAACGAACAUACUGUCAAGGAUGUCGUUUCAGUAGCUCAAGGAGAAAUGGCCCUGGAAGAAUUCUUGAAACAGGUGCGCGAAUCAUGGCAGAGCUACGAACUGGAUCUGAUCAACUACCAGAACAAAUGCAAGAUCAUCCGCGGCUGGGACGACCUCUUCAAUAAGGUUAAGGAGCACAUCAACAGCGUUGCUGCUAUGAAACUCUCGCCGUAUUAUAAGGUGUUCGAAGAAGAAGCACUAACAUGGGAAGAGAAAUUAAACCGUAUUAACGCCCUGUUUGACGUGUGGAUCGACGUGCAGCGUCGCUGGGUGUACUUGGAAGGUAUUUUCAGUGGAUCUGCUGAUAUUAAAACUCUACUGCCGGUGGAAACUAGCCGCUUCCAGAGCAUCAGUUCCGAGUUCCUCGGUCUGAUGAAGAAAGUGAGCAAGUCGCCUAUGGUGACUGAUGUGCUAAACAUCCCUGGAGUACAGCGAUCUCUGGAACGACUCGCUGACUUACUCGGCAAAAUCCAGAAAGCCCUCGGAGAGUAUCUUGAACGCGAGAGAACUAGUUUCCCUAGAUUCUACUUCGUCGGUGACGAAGAUUUGUUAGAAAUCAUCGGUAACAGCAAGAACGUUGCGCGUCUGCAAAAACAUUUCAAGAAGAUGUUUGCCGGUAUCGCUGCUAUCAUUCUCAACGAAGACAACACAAUUAUUAACGGUAUCGCUUCCAGAGAGGGUGAAGAGGUAUACUUCACACAACCAGUAUCCACGAUUGAGAAUCCCAAGAUCAAUUCCUGGCUAUCACUAGUAGAGAAAGAGAUGCGUGUCACAUUGGCUUGCCGGCUCAAAGACGCUGUCGCAGACGUGAAGCAGUUUAAGGACGGAAAUGUUGACCCGCAGAAAUUUAUUGAUUGGUGUGACAAAUAUCAGGCACAAAUAGUUGUACUAGCAGCUCAAAUUCUCUGGUCGGAAGACGUAGAAGCAGCUUUGACUAAUGGAGGCGGCGAAGGGCUUAAGCGCGUACUCGCUCAUGUUGAGAACAUGUUGAACAUCUUGGCGGACUCCGUGCUGCAGGAACAGCCACCACUUCGAAGGAGGAAGCUUGAACACUUGAUCAACGAGUUCGUGCACAAACGUACAGUGACCAGACGUCUGAUCGCAUCUGAUGUAAACAGCCCGCGUUCCUUCGAAUGGCUCUGCGAAAUGAGGUUCUACUUUGACCCUAGAAACAACGAUGUACUGCAACAACUCACAAUUCACAUGGCGAAUGCUAAAUUUCUAUACGGCUUCGAGUACCUCGGUGUGCAAGACCGUUUGGUCCAAACUCCGUUGACUGACCGCUGCUACCUUACUAUGACUCAGGCUUUGGAAGCCAGACUUGGAGGAUCACCGUUUGGACCCGCGGGCACGGGAAAGACGGAGUCAGUGAAAGCUCUUGGCAACCAACUCGGCCGUUUCGUACUGGUGUUCAACUGCGACGAAACGUUCGACUUCCAGGCCAUGGGGCGUAUUUUCGUCGGUCUUUGCCAGGUCGGCGCGUGGGGUUGCUUCGACGAGUUCAAUCGACUGGAAGAGAGAAUGUUGUCCGCCGUUUCACAGCAAGUGCAGACCAUUCAAGAGGCACUCAAGAGCCACCAAGAGGGAGACAACAAUACAAGCAGAUCAAUUACAGUCGAGUUAGUCGGCAAGCAAGUCCGUGUAAGCCAAGACAUGGCGAUUUUCAUCACCAUGAAUCCUGGUUAUGCUGGUCGGUCCAACUUACCUGACAACUUGAAGAAGCUAUUCCGCAGCUUGGCCAUGACCACGCCGGAUAGGCAGCUCAUUGCUGAGGUGAUGUUGUUCAGCCAAGGAUUUAGGACUGCUGAGAAGUUGGCUUGCAAGAUUGUACCGUUCUUCAAAUUAUGCGAUGAACAACUAUCGAACCAGUCUCACUACGAUUUUGGCUUACGAGCUCUGAAAUCUGUACUCGUUUCGGCCGGUAACGUCAAGCGUGACCGCAUACAAAAGAUUAAGGAAAACCUCAUAGAACGUGGCCAAGAAGUGCCAGAUGAAGCGUCCAUUGCAGAGUCACUGCCCGAACAAGAUAUUCUCAUACAAUCCGUAUGCGAGACUAUGGUGCCUAAAUUAGUAGCUGAAGACAUCCCACUGUUGUUCUCGUUACUAAACGAUGUGUUCCCUAAUGUUGGGUACACUAGGGCUGAAAUGACAGGUUUGAAGAAUGAGAUUCGCGCUGUAUGCGCUGAAGAAUUCUUAGUAUGCGGUGAAGGCGACGAACAAGGAUCCACUUGGAUGGACAAGGUGCUGCAACUGUACCAAAUCUGCAAAUUAAAUCACGGCCUUAUGAUGGUCGGACCUUCUGGGAGCGGCAAAUCUACAGCUUGGAGAGUACUACUCAAAGCUUUGGAGAGAUUUGAAGGCGUUGAAGGCGUAGCCCACGUAAUCGACCCAAAGGCGAUGUCAAAGGAAACUCUGUACGGUGUUCUGGAUCCAAACACUCGUGAAUGGACUGAUGGUCUGUUUACUCACAUUCUUAGAAAAAUCAUCGACAACGUGCGUGGAGAAAUUAACAAGCGUCAAUGGAUCAUAUUCGACGGUGAUGUGGACCCUGAAUGGGUAGAGAACUUGAAUUCGGUUUUGGACGACAACAAGCUGCUUACCCUACCCAAUGGCGAACGUCUGUCGCUACCGCCUAAUGUGCGAGUUAUGUUUGAGGUACAAGAUCUAAAAUAUGCAACACUUGCCACAGUAUCACGUUGUGGUAUGGUCUGGUUCUCCCAAGACGUCCUUACCACCGAGAUGAUCUUCGAAAACUACCUAAUGAGACUGAAAAACAUUCCUUUGGAAGACGGAGAAGAAGAUUCCUUCAGCAUUGUAGUGGCCGCUCCAUCUGGUGACCAGAAUGCUACUGAAAACAUAUUGUCACCGGCUUUACAAACUCAGCGGGAUGUAGCUGUAAUCCUGCAGCCAUUAUUCUUCGGUGACGGUCUAGUAGUGAAAUGCCUGGAGCACGCCGCCACUCUAGAUCAUAUCAUGGACUUCACGCGCCACAGAGCUCUGUCAUCACUGCAUUCUAUGCUAAAUAGAGGCGUUAGGAACAUCCUGGGUUACAACCGUCAACAUCCCGAUUUCCCCAUUACGAAUGAGCAGCUUGAAGCCUAUGUUCCCAAAUGGCUUGUAUACUCUCUACUGUGGUCAUUUGCCGGAGACGCUAAACUUAAAGACCGCAACGAGCUUGGAGACUUUAUUAGAUCGGCUAGCACAAUGCCACUACCUAACUGCGGACCCAAUCAGCACAUUAUUGAUUUUGAGGUGUCUAUAACUGGCGAAUGGGUUCCAUGGUCGGCCAAAGUACCUCAAAUCGAAGUGGAGACCCACAAAGUAGCUGCCCCUGAUGUGGUUGUACCUACUUUGGACACAGUACGACACGAAGCGUUACUUUACACUUGGCUUGCAGAACAUAAACCACUUGUGCUGUGCGGUCCACCCGGGUCUGGUAAAACAAUGACCUUGUUCUCUGCGCUACGAGCUUUACCAGACAUGGAGGUAGUCGGUCUUAAUUUCUCAUCUGCUACCACUCCUGAACUCUUGUUGAAGACGUUUGAUCAUUAUUGCGAGUACAGAAAAACUCCGAACGGUGUCGUGCUAGCUCCAGUACAGCUGGGCAAAUGGCUAGUGCUGUUCUGUGAUGAGAUCAACUUGCCGGAUAUGGAUCAGUACGGUACUCAACGUGUUAUCUCUUUCCUGAGACAACUGCUCGAACAUAAAGGCUUCUUUAGAGCAAGUGACCACUCGUGGGUGCACCUGGAGCGUAUUCAAUUUGUGGGUGCAUGUAACCCGCCCACCGACCCAGGCCGCAAGCCUCUCUCGCACAGAUUGCUAAGACACGUGCCUGUCAUAUAUGUCGAUUACCCUGGAGAAACCUCACUGGAACAGAUCUAUGGCACAUUCACUCGGGCCAUGCUACGUAUGCAACCAUCCCUACGCGGCUACGCAGAACCUCUAACCCAAGCCAUGGUGAAACUGUAUCUAGCGUCGCAAGAACGCUUUACUCAGGAUAUGCAGCCUCAUUACGUGUAUUCACCUCGUGAGAUGACGCGAUGGGUGCGCGGUAUUUGUGAAGCUAUUAGGCCGCUGGACAACCUAAAUGUAGAAGGAUUAGUGCGACUAUGGGCGCACGAAGGGCUCCGCCUCUUCCAGGACCGUUUAGUUGACGACUCGGAAAGACAAUGGACUGAUGAGAACAUCGACACUGUCGCUAUGAGAUUCUUCCCAGGAAUAAAUAGGGAACAAGCACUCGGUCGUCCUAUUCUAUACAGCAACUGGCUGAGUAAGGACUAUGUGCCAGUACUAAGAGAUCAACUUCGCGAGUACGUCAAAGCUAGACUCAAGGUGUUCUACGAAGAAGAGUUAGACGUGCCUCUAGUGUUGUUCGAUGAAGUUUUAGACCACGUAUUGCGUAUCGACCGUAUAUUCAGACAGCCGCAGGGCCACUUGCUGCUUAUCGGAGUGUCAGGUGCUGGAAAGACCACGCUCAGUCGUUUUGUUGCUUGGAUGAAUGGGCUGAGCAUCUUCCAGAUUAAGGUUCACAACAAGUACACUGGUGCAGAUUUUGAUGAAGACUUGCGUUCCGUUCUACGCCGCGCCGGCUGCCGCGACGAGAAAGUCGCCUUUAUUCUCGACGAGUCCAACGUGCUGGACAGUGGUUUCCUUGAGAGAAUGAAUACCCUAUUAGCUAACGGCGAGGUACCUGGUCUUUUCGAGGGAGACGAAUUCGCAACCCUAAUGACUCAAUGCAAGGAAGGCGCUCAACGAGAAGGCCUUAUGUUGGAUUCGAACGACGAGUUGUACAAAUGGUUCACAGGUCAAGUAAUGCGCAACCUGCACGUAGUGUUCACAAUGAACCCCUCAUCCGAGGGCCUGAAAGACCGUGCAGCAACCUCACCGGCACUGUUUAAUCGCUGUGUGCUUAACUGGUUCGGGGACUGGAGCGAUGGUGCUUUAUUCCAAGUGGGCAAAGAGUUUACAACACGUAUGGACCUAGACUCAGCUGACUACGUUCCACCGGAAAUAUUCCCCGCCGCAUGUGGAGAAGUGGGCGCCCGGCCUUCCCACCGCGAGGCGGUUGUAAACGCCUGUGUGUAUGUACACCAGACGCUGCAUCGUGCUAAUGCGAGACUCGCUAAAAGGGCCAAUAGGACCAUGGCUAUUACACCUAGGCACUAUCUAGAUUUCAUUCAGCAAAUGGUGAAGCUGUACGCAGAGAAGCGCGCCGACUUGGAGGAACAGCAACUACACUUGAACGUCGGUUUGGGCAAAAUCGCAGAGACCGUUGAACAGGUUGAGGAAAUGCAGAAGAGUCUUGCUGUCAAGUCUCAGGAACUCCAAGCUAAGAACGAGGCCGCUAACGCCAAGCUUCGUCAGAUGGUGAAAGACCAACAGGAGGCUGAAAAGAAGAAAGUUGAAAGCCAGGAGAUUCAGGUCGCUCUUGAAAAGCAAACGAAGGAGAUAGAGGCAAAACACAAAGACGUAAUGGCGGACUUAGCGCAGGUCGAGCCCGCUGUAAUUGAGGCGCAAAACGCCGUCAAAUCUAUAAAGAAGCAGCACUUGGUCGAAGUGCGAUCUAUGGGCAAUCCACCGGCUAUAGUGAAGGUGGCCUUGGAAUCCAUCUGCCUGCUUCUCGGAGAAAAUGCGACGGAUUGGAAGGCGAUUCGAGCGGUCAUCAUGAGGGAAAACUUCAUCAACAGCAUCGUGUCCAACUUCUCCACCGAGGACAUAACUGAUGACGUACGCGAGAAAAUGCGGACUCGCUAUUUGAGCAACCCAGAUUACAACUUCGAGAAGGUUAACAGGGCUAGUAUGGCUUGCGGCCCUAUGGUCAAAUGGGCUAUCGCUCAGAUCGAAUACGCGGACAUGUUGAAACGUGUGGAACCUCUCCGCAACGAACUCAAAGCCCUCGAAGACCAAGCUCAAACCAAUGUAACUGCAGGCGAUGAAGUGAGAGAACUAAUAGCGCAAUUGGAGAAAUCUAUCGCCUCUUACAAGGAAGAAUACGCGCAGUUGAUCAGCCAAGCACAGGCUAUUAAGACUGACCUUGAAAAUGUCCAAGCCAAGGUGGACAGAUCAAUCGCACUAUUGAAGAGUUUGGUGAUAGAGCGCGAACGUUGGGAGGCUAGCUCGGAGACCUUCCGCUCGCAAAUGAGCACCAUUGUCGGCGAUGUGUUAUUGUCGGCUGCAUUCAUCGCAUACGGCGGAUACUUUGACCAGCACUAUCGUCAAAACCUAUUCUCAACAUGGACGAAUCACCUAGCGGCGGCCAGCAUCAAAUACCGCGCGGAUAUUGCUCGUACGGAAUACUUGAGCAACCCCGACGAGAGACUGCGUUGGCAAGCUAACGCUUUGCCUUCUGACGAACUGUGUGUCGAGAAUGCUAUUAUGCUGAAGCGUUUCAACCGCUACCCCUUGAUCAUCGAUCCGUCAGGUCAAGCCACAGAGUUCAUAAUGCGCGAGUUUAAGGAGCGCAAGAUAACGAAGACAUCCUUCCUGGACGACUCCUUCAGAAAGAACCUUGAGUCUGCACUGCGGUUCGGUAACCCGCUUCUUGUACAGGACGUGGAAAACUACGACCCAAUCCUGAACCCUGUGUUGAAUCGCGAGCUCCGUCGUACUGGUGGCCGCGUGCUCAUCACUCUUGGCGAUCAGGACAUCGAUCUAAGUCCAUCCUUCGUCAUCUUCCUAAGUACUAGGGACCCCACUGUAGAAUUCCCUCCAGACAUGUGCUCACGAGUGACGUUCGUCAAUUUCACCGUGACGCGCUCGUCUCUACAGUCGCAGUGCUUGCACCGCGUGCUAAAGGCUGAACGACCUGAUAUUGACACUAAACGCUCCGAUCUUCUUAAAUUGCAAGGUGAAUUCCACCUCCGCCUGCGUCAACUGGAAAAGUCUCUACUGCAAGCAUUGAACGACGCGAAAGGAAAGAUCCUUGACGACGAUUCUGUCAUCGCUACUCUAGAAACCCUUAAGAAAGAAGCCGACGAUAUUGGACAAAAGGUGGAAGAAACGGACAAAGUUAUUGCAGAAAUUGAAACUGUCAGCCAGCAGUACCUGCCGCUCUCUCAAGCAUGCAGCAGCAUCUACUUCACUAUGGAGUCGCUGAACCAGGUGCACUUCUUGUACCAAUACUCGCUCAAGAUGUUCCUGGACAUCUUCAGCUCGGUGCUGGUUAGCUCCGGCCUCAACGCGGUCAGUGAUUAUACUGCUCGUCUUGGUAUUAUCACUGAAGAGUUGUUCACCGCGGUAUACGAGCGCGUAGCCCGAGGCAUGCUGCACACAGAUCGCCUGACCUUCGCUCUACUACUCUGCCGCAUCCACCUCAAAGGCACCGGUGCCGAAGACAUACUGGACCAGCAAUUUGCAGUGUUCUUACGAGGAAAGGAAGGUUUCGUCUCACAUACAACGCCACAUGAGGCUCUGACCUCUCAACAACAUCAAGCCGCCGCAAGAUUGAGCUCUAGGUUGGUGGCAUUCCGUCGUCUAUUAGAAAAGGCAGCGGAACUACCCGAACUAUCGGCAUGGUUGGCACAAGCAGCACCCGAGCAGUGCGUGCCGACGUUAUGGGACUCUGAGCCUGCGUCGCCGCCUGCGGCACAUACGCUCGCUAUGUACCGUUUACUCCUUAUACAGGCAUUCCGCCCCGAUCGAGUGAUAGCGGCAGCGGCACAACUCGUGGCCGCAGUACUGGGCAACGGCUUUAUGGCUAAAGCAGAGACAGAGUUUGAUCUAGCCGCCAUCACAGAAACGCAACUUAACGCCACUACGCCAGCACUACUUUGCUCCGUACCUGGAUACGAUGCUAGCGGUCGCGUGGACGACAUGGCAACUGAGUUGAACAAACCGUUGUCAAGUAUAGCUAUCGGUUCCGCCGAGGGCUUCAACCAGGCAGAGCGCGCUAUUAACACCGCUUGCAAGACAGGACGCUGGGUAAUGCUGAAGAACGUCCACCUAGCCCCAGUGUGGCUAGUGCAACUGGAAAAGAAACUACACUCACUGCAGCCGCACCCCAACUUCCGUCUCUUCCUGACGACGGAGAUCAGCCCUAAGCUGCCCGUUAACCUGUUGCGCGCCGGACGUGUGCUCGUGUUUGAACCUCCGCCAGGCAUUCGUGCCAACUUACUGCGGACAUUUGCUACGGUACCAGCUGCGCGGAUGAUGAAACCGCCAUCCGAACGUGCCAGACUUUACUUCCUGCUUGCUUGGUUCCACGGUAUCGUACAAGAGCGUCUCCGUUACGUACCACUCGGUUGGGCCAAAUAUUACGAAUUCAACGAGUCUGAUUUACGAGUAGCAUGCGACACUCUCGACACAUGGAUCGACGCUACAGCCAUGGGCCGAACCAACUUGCCACCAGAAAAAGUACCAUGGGAGGCCCUGGUAACUUUAUUGUCGCAGUGUAUUUAUGGAGGAAAGAUUGAUAAUGCGUUCGAUCAGAGGCUGCUGCAUUCGUUCCUUUGCAAGUUGUUUACUCCGAGGUCGUUUGAGGCUGACUUCGCGCUUGUUGCUAAUGUUGAUGGGGCUACUGGCAACCAAAGGCACAUUACUAUGCCGGACGGCAACCGCCGUGACCACUUCCUUAAAUGGAUCGAGGAAUUGUCCGACCGUCAAACACCAUCGUGGCUUGGAUUGCCCAAUAACGCAGAAAAGGUGCUAUUAACAACUCAAGGCAGUGACUUAGUGUCGAAACUGCUCAAGAUGCAGCAGCUAGAGGACGAAGAAGAACUUGCCUACAGCAGUGCAACGCAAGACCACGACCCGCACUCCAUCGUGGUGGAAGGCGACGGUCGCCCAGCCUGGAUGAAAACUUUACACCAGACCGCCGCCAACUGGCUUCAACAACUUCCGCAGGAGCUACCGACUCUACGCCGAACGGUGGAGAACAUCAAGGAUCCGUUGUACCGUUUCUUCGAGCGCGAAGUGGCAGCCGGUGCUUCGUUGUUACAGCAAGUGCUGCAUGAUCUACGAAACGUUAUUUCAAUCUGCCAGGGUGAAAUGAAACAAACAAACGAGACCCGAGCAAUGGUGGGUUCUCUCGUCCGCGGUAUCCUGCCUACUUCGUGGAAACGCUACGCCGUAGCACGCGGCUGCACCGUGCAACAGUGGGUCGGGGACUUUGCUGCAAGAAUCACACAGCUCUCAGCUGUGUCUGACGCUGUUGCCGACCGUGGGGCUAAAAGACUGCAGAGCAUCCCUGUUUGGCUGGGUGGUCUACUGAACCCAGAAGCUUACAUCACAGCGACGCGCCAGUGCGUCGCACAAGCCAACUCGUGGUCCCUUGAAGAAUUACAUCUGCAGGUGACGAUCCCCGAUCCCGGCACGCCGACAGAGAACGCGCAGACAGAGUGGUCGUUUUCGGUGACCGGGUUAAAGCUGCAGGGCGCCACUGUCAAAGGCAACCGGUUGCUGCUCACUAACACCAUCAUGGUCGAUCUGCCACUCACCGUCCUUACUUGGAUACGUGGCGCCGAACCGACCACAGGUGGUCAAACCCUGACUCUACCCGUAUACCUAAACAGCGCUCGCUCGGAAUUGUUGUUCACCGUUCGCCUGCCCAUAGCACCUGGACAGGAACCCCACGCUUUCUACGAACGUGGUGUCGCUCUGCUUACUUCUACUGCUCUUAAUUAAAUGCACGAUCAAAUUAGCCUGAGCCUACCUUAAUAAACAAAUAUUAUUAAAAACAAAUAUGAUAUAGUAAAUAAAAUAAACUGUACGUUUGCAUAGAAUUUACGAAGAAAUACGUAAAGCGAUUCUGAUGCAUAUAUUACACCUGAUAAAGAAUUUAAAAUAUAUUUAUGGGUAGCACAUGAUAUGAUAUUCAUAGUCUAUUUAAAUAGCUAACAAAUAACGUGCUUGUAUGUCUUAUUCUGCGGAAUAUAUAGUUAUUCAUAUGCAAUGCUUAUAUAUCCUCAUAUACUCAGUGAUUGUAGCAGUUAUAUAUUUAUG